CUAUUUUUUCCUAGUAAAUAAUGGCAGCUAAAAAAGUUGGUAUCCUCGGUGCUACUGGUACUGUAGGCCAGCGUUUCAUUCUCUUACUUUCUGAACAUCCUAUCUUCACAAUUCAUGCUCUCGGCGCUUCCUCUCGUUCUGCUGGAAAAGAAUACAAGGACGCUGUCCGUUGGAAGCAGUCUAAGCCUAUUCCAGACAACGUCAAAAAGAUGAUUGUUAAGCCUUGCGAAGCUGAAUUAUUCGCUGAUUGUGAUGUUGUCUUUUCUGGUCUUGAUGCUGACGUUGCUGGUGAUAUCGAAAUGGCCAUGUUGAAAAAAGAUAUUGCCGUCUUUUCCAACGCAAAGAACUAUCGUCGAGAUCCCAUCGUUCCUUUGAUUGUGCCCACAGUAAACCCCGAUCAUUUUGACUUGAUUCCCCAUCAACGCUCAGUACAUAACCUCAAAAAGGGUUUCCUCAUCACAAAUGCCAACUGCUCAACCACCGGUUUAGUUGUACCAUUGAAAGCUUUACAAGACGCAUUUGGUCCUUUAAGCCAUGUUAUUGUAAAUACACAGCAAGCUAUCUCAGGUGCUGGUUACCCUGGUGUGCCUAGCUUAGAUAUCCUUGAUAACAUUGUACCUCAUAUUGGAGGAGAAGAAGAAAAGAUGGAAUGGGAAGUAGGCAAGAUCUUGGGCGGUGUGUCUGAAAAUAAGAAUGGAUUCAGUCUUUUAGAAAACACAAUAGUCUCUGCUACUUGUACCCGUGUACCUGUAUUAGAUGGUCACUUUGAAACCGUGUCUGUCAAGUUCGCUAAUGGCUGCCCAUCAGUGGAAGAUGUGUGUAAAGCACUCGAGAAUUACUCAUCAGACGCAGAAAAGCUACAAUGUCACUCAGCGCCUGCACAACCCAUUGUUGUCACUUAUGAUGCUGACCGACCUCAACCUCGCUUGGAUCGUGAAAAUUUGAAGGGCCAGACUGUUACUGUUGGUCGUGUUAGAAAGUGUCCUGUUUUAGAUAUUAAAUUUGUUCUUUUAGUACACAAUACUUUGCUUGGAGCAGCUGGUUCUUCGGUUCUUAACGCUGAAAUCGCUGUUGCAAAAGGAUUGAUUUAGAUUAAUAAAAAAAAAGUACCUGUAUACACUUCAUUCACAAAUUAUUUACACACUGAUAAAAAAACGAUAAUUUCAAACAAAAAACAAUACGAGAUAACAAAUAAUGAUAAAAGAGAGCC